GCAAUGGGGAACGGGACCCUGCCCCAGCCGAGAGGGAUGGCCGAGCCCGCGGGACACCAGGCGACCGCAAUUUAAUGUUCCAGUAGGAUGUUGGUGUGAUGUCUGUGCUGACAGUAAUGAAAACCAGUUCUUUACUAAUUGCAAAAUCUGCCAGUAUCUUGCAUUUCUCUGGCAUUUUCCACUUUGAAUAGCACAUGCUCACACAGACCUUUCUGAGCUGCUAGAAACACUUGGAUGACUGGAAUUCAAGAUAUUUGGUUUGUGCUCUUACUCUGAGGUAGAGGAAAUAAGCACAAGAAAUUUCUCUAGUUCAGUUAAAGGAUCUGUCAUACUGAACUCUGAAGAACUGGGAAGCCUCUUCUGUGUAGAAUUGAAAUAGACAUUUGACAGUUGUCUUGAAUACGAAUUAAGGCAAAAAUGUCUGUCAUAGAUCCCUAUCAACACAUUGUGGUGGAACACCAGUAUUCACACGUAUUCACUGUGACAGUAAGGAAAGCCACAAAUGUCACAAAAGGAGCAAUUGGUGACAUGCUUGAUACUCCAGAUCCCUAUGUGGAGCUGUUCAUCCCAUCCGCUCCUGAUUGCAGGAAGAGAACAAAACAUUUCAAUAACGAUGUGAAUCCUGUGUGGAAUGAGACCUUUGAGUUCAUUUUGGACCCCAACCAAGAGAAUGUUCUUGAGGUUACUUUGAUGGAUGCCAAUUAUGUUAUGGAUGAGACUCUUGGCACAUCCACAUUUCCUAUAUCUUCUCUGAAACUGGGAGAGAAGAAGGAGGUCCAGUUAACUUUCAAUGAUGUCACUGAAAUUACUUUGGAAUUGUCUCUUGAAGUAUGCUCUUCAACUGAUCUCCGGUUCAGCAUGGCUUUAUGUGAUGAGGAGAAGAAAUUUCGGCAACAGCGAAAAGAUAAUAUCAUGCACAGUAUGAAAUCAUUUCUGGGAGAGGAAAACAGUAAGAACUUGACCACUUCCCGUGAUGUACCAGUGAUAGCGAUAUUGGGUUCAGGAGGUGGAUUUCGUGCCAUGGUAGGGUUUGCUGGAGUCAUGAAAGCACUUUAUGAAUCAGGAAUUUUAGACUGUGCGACUUACAUUGCUGGUCUCUCAGGAUCCACGUGGUACAUGUCAACUUUGUAUUCACACCCAGAUUUUCCAGAAAAAGGACCGAAAGAGAUUAAUCAAGAAUUGAUGAACUCUGUGAGUCACAACCCACUUCUGCUGCUCACUCCUCAGAAAGUCAAACGCUACAUUGAAGCACUGUGGAAUAAGAAAAGCUCAGGGCAGCCUGUCACCUUCACAGACAUCUUUGGAAUGCUAAUAGGUGAAACACUUAUCCAUAAUAGAAUGGACACCACUUUGAGCAACAUGAAAGAGAAAAUCAAUAAUGCACAAUGUGCUCUCCCACUCUUUACCUGUCUCCAUGUCAAACCAGAUGUCUCAGAGCUUAUGUUUGCAGACUGGGUGGAAUUUAGUCCAUAUGAGAUUGGUAUGGCAAAGUAUGGAACUUUUAUGUCUCCUGAUUUGUUUGGAAGCAAAUUUUUUAUGGGGACAGUGGUGAAGAAGUAUAGUGAAAAUCCCUUGCAUUUCUUGAUGGGCGUCUGGGGCAGUGCAUUUUCUAUAUUAUUUAACAGAGUGCUUGGCGUCUCCAAUUCUCAAAAUAAAGGUCCCACCAUGGAAGAAGAAUUAGAGAAUAUUAGGCUAAAGCACCUUGUAAGCAAUGACAGUUCAGACAGUGAAGAUGAAUCACAGCAUCCAAAAGGCACUGAAAAUGCUGAGGCAAAUCAAGAAUAUCAGAACAGCAGCCAAGAAAGCUGGGUGCAGCGAAUGCUGAUGGCUUUGGUGGGUGAUAGUGCCCUUUUCAACACCAGGGAAGGGCGUGCUGGGAAAGUGCACAACUUCAUGCUGGGAUUGAACCUCAACAGCUGUUACCCGCUCUCUCCUCUGGCAGACCUUCUUACUCAGGAGUCGGUAGAGGAUGAUGAACUAGAUGCAGCUGUUGCAGAUCCUGAUGAGUUUGAGAGGAUAUACGAGCCACUAGAUGUGAAGAGCAAAAAGAUUCAUAUAGUGGACAGUGGGCUUACAUUUAACCUGCCGUACCCACUUAUCUUAAGACCUCAAAGAGGCGUUGAUCUCAUCAUCUCUUUUGAUUUUUCAGCAAGGCCAAGUGAUUCCAGUCCUCCUUUCAAAGAAAUUUUGCUUGCUGAAAAAUGGGCCAAAAUGAACAAGCUUCCUUUCCCCAAAAUAGACCCAAAUGUAUUUGAUCGAGAGGGCAUGAAGGAAUGCUAUGUUUUCAAACCAAAGGAUACCUCUUCAGAGAAAGACUGUCCAACUAUAAUUCAUUUUGUUUUGGCCAACAUCAACUUCCGGAAGUACAAAGCUCCAGGUGUUCCAAGAGAAACACAGGAAGAGAAGGAUUUUGCAGACUUUGACAUUUUUGAUGAUCCGAAUACACCAUUCUCUACCUUCAACUUCCAGUAUUCCAAUGAGGCUUUCAAGAGGCUUCAUGAUCUAAUGGAGUUCAACACCCUCAAUAACAUAGAUGUGAUCAAGCAAGCUAUGAUGGAAAGCAUUGAAUACAGGAAAGAGAAUCCAUCUCGCUGCUCCGUGUCUCUUAGCAGUGUUGAAGCAAGGAGAUUCUUUAAUAAGAACAAUCUUAACAGCAACCAUACGUAGACGAUGUGUCUUACGUCCCACUCCUUCAAGAAACUGGUUCUAUCUCUAUUACUGGAGUCAAAAAGACAUGAUCAGAGCAUCACUGCUCUUGCACAGGGCUGUGCAAAACUCCUGAAAACUUUUUCUCGUGAAUUUUCAAAUUUCAAUAUAAUUUUGUACUUCCUUUUUUUUAAACUAAAAACAUUGAAAACAUUUCAGUAUGCUGAUAUCCUUAUUUUAAAAACUAUGGAAUUAGUAUAUUUUUGCUAUGGUUGUUGGGUUCAGUGUCUUUUCUUUUCCCUACAAAAUUGUAAACACUGGCUUUCUCGUAGUGGGGGAAUUGUCUGAUUUUUAAUUGAUGUAAACUGGGCAUAUCUUGAAAUGUAAGAUGGAAUUAGAAACACAAUAGAAUAAAACUUUAGUAACAGAGACAAUGUAUACCUGGGCUUGGGCCCAGAUUCCACUCUGCUUUGUAUCAAUGAGAAGAUUUUCUCUGACUUUGGUUUGAAAAGUCAAUAAUUGCUAACUUCUGCUAGGCAACAGCAGCUCCCUAUUAUAUAAAGUCGCUUGGCUGCUUACAAGCUCUGCUAAGGUUGAUUUCUUGUACUGGAAAGGGUUUUGCUCAGUAAUAACCAAUGGCUCUAUUGGCCGUACCAAAACUCCAUCAUCAAGCGGUGUUUCAAAUUUCACUUUUCUUGCAUGAGUGGUGUCUCUUAAAAAAGAAACAACCCACUUUUUAUGAAAAAUGGGUAUCAAAGAAGGGGUUUAUACAUCUUUGAUAUUAUAAGUAGGAUCCUCAGCUGGUUAUUAAUACUAGUGGAGCUUUUGUAACUGAUGCUAAGAAGGAUCUGCUCUUCAAUCUUUUAAUCUCAAAUAUUUUUACAAAAAUUGAAGCCCACUUUACUACUGCUGUUCAAGAAUGUAUGUAUCCACUCAGCAAAAAAUCCAACCUCUUAUAUUUUCUUUUUCUCUUUUGUUCCACAAAAUUACAUUUCUUGAAUUCUUGAGCUAGUAGCACCUCUGUGUUAAAUUAUUGUUAGUUCAUGUAUUUCUGACCAAAAUGUUUAUAGAUAAAUUAAAAGCAAUUUUGCAUUUGAUCAUGGUUAAAAGCAUCACAUUUCUGCAAAGGGACAGUGGCAAUGUUUACUGGGGAUAGAUAAAAAGUUCCUAGGUAAGAAUGUGAAGUAGUUCAUGUGUUAAGGGCUAUUUUUAAAAAAUAUAUUUUUAGUACAUUGCAUAAUGAAAGACUGCAUAGACAUAGAUUAUUUUAGUACCAUCUCAACAAGUGUUAACUCUGCAAAUGCAUAGAAAAAUGGAGUCGCACCUCUGAAAACUUACAGCCUCCUUUGAAAUAAUGUAAUUGGCAAGGGUGUAACAUGGGAAAGAGCAAAAGGAACUGACGAGGUCACUGAUGGCCUUGCACUGUGUGCAAGAUCUAGGAGUCACACACGUUUUCGGGCUGUUUGGCUGGCUUGUUUCAUUUUUUU